AUGCCCAAAAAUAAAGGAAAAGGAGGUAAAAAUCGUAGGCGAGGUAAGAACGAGAAUGAAACGGAAAAGCGUGAAUUGGUCUUCAAAGAAGACGGACAAGAAUAUGCUCAAGUUACCAAAAUGUUGGGAAAUGGACGUCUAGAAGCAAUGUGUUUUGAUGGUGUUAAACGACUUUGCCACAUUCGAGGAAAACUUAGGAAAAAGGUAUGGAUCAACCAAGCUGAUAUAGUAUUAAUAGGCUUACGUGAAUAUCAAGAUACAAAAGCUGAUGUAAUUUUGAAGUAUACGCCUGAUGAAGCUCGUAACUUGAAAACAUACGGAGAAUUUCCAGAAACUGUUCGCAUCAAUGAUACAGUCACAUUUGUUGACGAUGGAUUGGAUGAGGAUAUUGAAUUCGGAGAUGAUAUUAGCGAAGAUGAAGAAGCAGACAAUGCUGUUGAUAAUAUCUAA